CGUGUCUGUAUUCAUUCGUGAGAUUUCGAACGCUGUUUCAUCAUGCCUGAACCCGCCAAGACUGCGCCCAAGAAGGGCUCCAAGAAAGCCGUGACGAAGACCGCUGGUAAAGGAGGAAAGAAGCGCAAGAGGACCAGGAAGGAGAGUUAUGCUAUCUACGUGUACAAAGUGCUGAAGCAGGUUCAUCCUGACACCGGUAUCUCCUCCAAGGCCAUGGGCAUCAUGAACUCUUUCGUCAACGACAUCUUCGAGCGCAUCGCCGGUGAGGCUUCUCGUCUCGCCCAUUACAACAAGCGCUCCACCAUCACCUCCAGAGAGAUCCAGACCGCCGUGAGGCUGCUGCUGCCCGGGGAGCUGGCCAAACACGCCGUAUCUGAGGGUACCAAGGCCGUCACUAAAUACACCAGCUCCAAGUAAAAUUUCGACUUCAGACCAACACUCAAAGGCUCUUUUAAGAGCCACACAAUUGAUUCGUUUGAAGAGCUUCUGUUAACUGAAAUCGGCGAUGUAAAACAUAAAUUUUAGUUUAAUGUAUUCUACCGAGUUUCGGCGUUUCUGACUAAAAUGUUGAAGGUAAACCAAGUGCGUAUGGGCGAUCAUAAAUUAAGCAAAACGAUAAACUAGAUGUAGCUAUAACAUGAUUAUCAACAUUUGCUGGCUAUUACUCAUUCUCUCAUAUGGUUCCAAAUCUUCUGAGUUCUUUGUUGGCACUGUAGUGUUUGUAACGUUUUUAACCUUUCUUCCAGGUUAAAUGGAUAAAGCCAUAGUAAUUGAAACGCAGUAAAGCAAGACAGCAGCAACGCUUAAUAAAUGGCCUUUGUGCACAUUUUAUUCAACAUUCUAGCUUUUUACUGAAACCCUCUGCAAUCAUUUGCAUUUCCCCCCAAUAUAUCUACACACAACGAGUUUCAUUUUGAUGUUUUAAAUCGAUUUCAAGCCGAGUAACUUCCCCAAUCUGACCAUAGGUUAUUGAUAAGCAUUCUACAUGUAAAUAACAGGUUUGCAUAAUUUAAUUUUGAGUCUCCCAGCGUUAAAUCCAUCAGAAUAUCAGUCUUACACUAGGCAUUUUAUUAUUUUAUAUGUAGAUAUAGAUCACCUAUGUGAUAUAAAAUUGCAGGUUGAUGUCUGUAUAUAUUAACAUAUUUGAUUGUAAGGUA